AUGCGACAAAUCAUUGAUCAUUUGCACGGCAAUCUGACUGCUCAAGCCCGUGUUCCGUCGAAUAAGUCGCAGAAACAGCCACCGGACGCAUUGAGUGACGCCUACCUAUCUUUUCGGCCCUUUCACCUUGUUAUCACCGGUCACCACCGAUAUCUAUACAUAUCAUAUCGCGACAAUCCCCCUGCUGGUGUCUACCACAAGACUCGAACAAUCCCAGACGGGCAGCUCAACUCCACAGCUCCGUUUUUACCCCGCGCAACAAGGCAGGGAUUUUGGCUUUUGGCGAAACGUUGCCCUGCUGUACCCCGCGUUUUGCCCACCCUCUCUGCCUCUCUGGACAGCACUUAUACCCCGCGACCUGACGACGCACAAACAAACACGCCUUGUCAGCCAGCCUCCCCCAAACUCCUUGAGCAAUCAUCUCAACCUUUUCGCCCUUUUUUUUGUGUCUCGGGCAGCCGCCCCUCAGCACCCAGUCUGCUGGCCAAGCAUUUUGAUGACUUGUGUCACUGCAAAUCAGACGGCAGCCCAACAACAAGGCACUUGUGUAGGAUCGCCCUUACCGAGCCUCCCGUUUGCCUUAUUAGGCAGGCCACCCCGCCUCUCCCACCACCACAAAGACGCCGACCCCUUCACCAGAGCCUCACAAAGCAUAUAAAGCAACAAAGAGAGACCGAACCCCUCCUUUGUGUGCCACGUGGUUUUAUAUUUUGUCCUGUCUUUUCUACAGUUCCUCCCCACUUCAACACCACACGCGCAAUGUCGUCUCCACAGGGCUCACCAAACGACAUGAACGCCCAGUCAUACAUGCUCGUCCCCAACCUCCACGUACCAGACGCAAACACCAGCGAGAUGGACCUGAACAGCCACUCAUGGAUGAUGGCCACCGUCAUCGAAGAUGAUGACUUGAUGUUUGGCGGCAAGCCUCUCAGUGCUUGGUAUGAGGAGGACCGCCGCAGAUUCAGCUCUGGCCAAGACGAGGAGGAAGAACCAAGGGGCCGACAGAGGGAGCGCACCGAGAGCUCAACCCACCACUCGCAUCAGCACCAUCCCCAACAACCACAACAACAUCGCCACCACGGAAAGAACACCAAAGACCCAAAGCAACAAUAA